CUAAACGCUGACUUACUCUGAAGCUCCUUCAGUGAAGAUGGCAGCUACAGCCAGAAAUGUCAACCAGACGGCUCGCAAAAGUCUGCUGCUGGCUUUUGAUGCUUUUGGCACAUUAUUCACGCCCAAAGAACCAGUUCCAAAACAGUAUGGAGAAGUCGCUAGGAAGUAUGGUGUUUCCGUCACUGAUGACGAAAUACAACAGUCCUUUCGGCUUGCAUUCAAAGAUGAAGCUGCACGUAAUCCCAAUUAUGGUAAAGCAGUAGGGAUGAAUGCGCAGACCUGGUGGGCAAAUGUUAUCCGUGCAACAUUGAAGCCUAAGUUAGAAGAAAGACAAGCUCUCCCAGCAGGUCUGAUUCCAGAGCUUAUAAAUCGUUUUUCUUCUUCAGAAGGCUACAUGCUCUAUCCUGAUGUACUGCCACUUUUUCAAGAGAUUCGCAACAAAAGGGACGGCAAGCCUUCCGCGUGGCCAUGGGAGCGGACCAUUGUGGGCAUCAUUACCAACUCGGAUGAUCGUGUACCUGAUGUCUUGUCAAACUUCGGUCUGAAGGUAGGUGCCCGCGCGGUAGGAAGGAAAGGGCAAAAGAUUGGUGAGAUCGAGAAAGACGAUGACAUUGAAUUCGUUGUCUUAAGCUACGACGUUGGCGCAGAGAAGCCUGAUCGACGCAUUUUUGAAGCUGCUAAAGAUAUGCUUGUGGAGACUCUUAUUGAAGAACGACAAGACUCAGACCACUUUCAAGCCCAUGGCAAACCUGGAACCACCACGGACAAAUACAAUCAGGCUUUUGAAGCGACUCGAAACCUAUUCAACGGACAAUCGAAAGAUGCAAUCACUAAUAAUCUGGGCGCCAGUGAUCUCGCAGGCCAACUUGCGUCAGAAGUCUCUGAGUUUGAGCUGCUCUACGUCGGCGAUGAACUGAAGAAAGACGUGCUUGGAGCUCAAAAUGCUGGCUGGCCCAGCCUUUUGCUCGAUCGAGAGCAUAAAUAUCGUGACUCAUUUAGCAGCGGAGCCAAGAUCGCUUCGGUUAUUGAAAGUUCUAACAGCGAUACUGCUACGCCGCGAAAAUUUCACGUCAUUCAAGAUUUGCGAAACCUUUCGUCAGUUCAAAUAUCAGAUCUGGACUGAAGUAAGCCGGCCUUUUCGAGUGAGCUUGUUUCCACGACAAAGUAUGC